CCCGCCGCCGCCGCCCCGCUCUUCAUGCUCGACCUCUACCACGCCGUGGCCGGCGAGGAAGAAGGGGAGGAGGAGGAGGAGGAGGAGGCGGCGGUGUCGCGGCCGGUGCUCACCGGGCUCAGCACCCAGAGCCCCCCGCCCGGCAGCGUCGUCAGCCGCGCCGAUACCGUCGUCAGCCUCGUUAACAUGGUCGAGCAGGACCGGGACAUAUUCUCCCCGAAGCCCUACUGGAAGGAGUUCAGGUUCGACCUGACCCAGGUGCCCACGGGAGAGUCGGUGACGGCAGCUGAGUUUCGCAUCUACAAGGCACGGGGUGUCACCCGCCACGCCAACAACACCCUCCACAUCAGCAUCUACGAGAUCGCUGCUGAGCACUCCAACAGGGAGUCUGACCUGUUCCUGCUGGAUGUCCAGGACCUGCGUGCUGGGACGGAGGGCUGGCUGGUGUUUGACGUCACGGCUGCCAGCAACCACUGGUUAGUGGAUCGGAAAUACAACCUGGGGCUGCGACUCUAUGUGGAGACGGAUGAUGGGCAUAGCGUUGACCCGGGCUCGGCGGGGCUGUUGGGGCGCCGGGGUCCCCGCUCCAAGCAGCCCUUCAUGGUGACAUUUUUCCGGGCGAGCCCCAGCCCCGUGCGCAUUACACGGGCAGCCAAGCCCCCGAGGAGGCGGCAGCACAAGAAGACCAACGACCUCCCACAUCCAAACAAGCUGCCAGGCAUUUUUGAUGAUGUCCACGCCGCGGAUGGGCGGCAGGUCUGCCGGCGCCAUGAGCUCUACGUCAGCUUCCAGGACCUUGGCUGGCUGGACUGGGUGAUAGCCCCGCAGGGUUACUCAGCCUAUUACUGUGAGGGGGAGUGCGCCUUCCCCCUGGACUCCUGCAUGAACGCCACCAACCACGCCAUCCUGCAGUCCCUGGUCCACCUGAUGAAGCCCGAGGCCGUGCCCAAGGCGUGCUGUGCCCCCACCAAGCUCAGUGCCACCUCCGUCCUCUACUACGACAGCAACAACAACGUCAUCCUCAAGAAGCACCGCAACAUGGUGGUGAAAUCCUGCGGCUGCCACUGACCCCCCAGGUCCCUUCCACAUCCCCAUUCCUAUCCCUGAAUGUCCCAUUACUGUCCCUGAAGGUCCCAUACCCGCCGGGGAAGUGUGACACUGGGUUCCUGCUGCCUGUGUGGAAGAGGAGUUUCAUAGGCCCCCAUCACAGCAAAGCCCAUUAAUAAUAAAUAAAUAAAAUAAUAAAAAGAAAUUCCUCCCGCCCCUUCCUAGAAGUGGAUGUAAAUAAUAUAAAAUUUUUAUUCUCUUAACUACACUUAAUGAGACACAGUCAUAUCUAUACAUACAUAUAUAUAUAUAGGGAAGAGAGGAUUUGUGGCUGGUUACGUGUCUGUCUGUCGGUGGCUGAUGUGUUUUCCCCCUGUGCUGCUGGCCCAGAGGCUGCUGCAGACAGUGUUUCGCAGGGGCAAUUAGGGCUGAAGGGUAAUUAGGACACGGGAGGCAGCAUCCGAGUCUCUGUGGGACUGAGCUGUUUCUAGCCAUGUACGUCUAACAAACCCACCUCUACCCAGCGCUUUUAAUUCCCUUAAUAUAAACACCAUCAGCCAAUUAAGUAGCUGGCUGACUAACCCGCUCCCCUUUACUCAAAAGUUCACGAAACUCAGCCAGUUGGAAAAAAAAAUAAAAUAUCCAUAUUGAGCUCUGACACUGUUAUAAAAUAAA